AUGGGCGCGCCCUCUCUCUUCCUCGAGGCUCUCGAGGUGGCUGCCGUCAGCCUGGGCGAGGUGGCAGUCAUCUGCGCCAUCGGGUGCGCCGCCAUGGCCUACGGCCACCUGGAUGGAUACACGCUCCGCCGCGUGAGCCGCUUCAUGCUGCGGCUUCUCUACCCGUGCCUCAUGCUCUCGCUCUUCCGCAGCUUCGACGCCGACCGGCUCGCGCGCUGGAGCCCCGUCCUCCUCGUCGCGGUGCUGCACGUGGUCGGCGGUGCCGCCCUCGGCUGGCUGGCCGCGUCUGCAAUGCGGCUCCGCGCACCGCACCGCCAGCUGACGGUCGUCUCGAGCGCCUUUGGCAACUGCGCCGCGCUGCCCUUUGUGCUCGCCGUCCCGGUCGUUCGGAACUGGUCGGUCACCCGCGACGACCCGGACGCGCUGGAGACCGCGCAGGGCGUCAUCGGGCUCUACCUCGGCGCCUGGAUGAUUGCCGCGAGCGUGCUGGUGAAGCUGCUCGUGCUGCCCGCGGUUUCGAUCCCGCUCGUCUCGCUUGCCGCGCGAGACGGCUUGCUGCCCGACGAGCCAGCCGCCCUAAUGGUGCUGUACGUACAGUCCGCGGUGCCGUCCGCACAGACCGCCAUCGCGGUGCUGGUGGCCGCCGGUCAGACAGCUCUCGCGCAGCAGCUCUCGCAGCUCUACGUGUUGCAGUACGUGCUCUCCACCCUCACGCUGGCAGCAGUCAUCGUCAUCGCCGUCGAGGUGAUAUAG